CUCGCACUCACACGAAGCCGAAUUCAACCUCGAUGCACGCCGAUAUGCGUCUCCGAUUUCAGCCACUUGUUAGAUCAUGUGACUUUUUCCUGUUCUUGAUGUUUCUUGAGUUUUGGGACUUGCAUGACUGGUUGUGGCUCGACGGAAUUCAUUUGCUCCGUAAUUCAUUUUUGCACGCUCCUGCACCGUCUUCGCAAGCUGCUCGUCUCAUGGUUUCUAGCGCUGCCGCCGCUGCUGACCUGUUGGCUCCUUACUACCGAUGGCAGACUAUCCGGAUGUUCCUACGCUUUUGCACAGAACAACCAUCGCACUGACACAGCUUCAGCAAGCCCUACAGACGGCCACAGACAUUCUGGCUGACCUCGAUCCUGAUGGUCCGGUCCGAGCACCGGUCCAAUGAUUCUGGAUUUGCUUUUGCUUCCCGAAAAAUCAUGUAUCUUCGGGGUGGCUUAUAAUGCAGCCUACAUGACUAUGAGAGAUCUGCUGCUGCCUGCUCCGCAAAAGGACAACGUGAUGACAUCUCUUCGGAUCCGAACCCAGUUGGGCCCAACCAAUGAGAAGGAGAUCUCAAAUGAGAAGGACAUGAGUGAUCAGGACAUCUCAAACAUGAACGACUCGGACUUGGACUUCGGCCGGGCUACAUCAAAGACCGAGACUUCACAAACUGGCCAGCUUUCAAGAUCUAGGUCCCCAGGUGCAAGGCCUCUAUUUCGGUGGAGGAUUAAAGUGACUUAACCGUAGGGCUGUGGGCCGUGGGGCAAGGACUUCACAAAUUAAAGCCGUGUGGCCCUCUAAAUUAGUGGAGGGGCUUUAGCCUCUUUGCUAUGGACUGCGGGCUUCCAGCCAGCACAGGCGUGCCAAAAAAGAGCCAACAAUUCACUCGGAGGGCAGGUCGCGCAAAGGCACUGAUGUUUUUUUAAAGGGAGUCAGCAGUUCUGUGAAGGGUGUGAAACGCAUGUUUCAGGGGUUUCCGCGACAAGCGGUGAAAGUUAACACAUAUACCAAUGAUUAUAUAUAAUAUAUAUGUAUGUGUGUAUGUAUGUAUGUAUAUAUAUAUAUAUAUCAAUGAGCACCAUCGCACCAUCAUCGCCUUCGUCUCGCCCUUCGGAGGGCCAGGGCCAGGUGUUUUGUCAUUGCCAAAAAGCCACGCCGAACGCCCGUCACCGUCGGUGAACGACUUCGCCGUUUCCUCCAGGCCUUGGAACUGCGAGCCGCGGAGGCCCGGAGCCUGGAGCGAGG